CUCUUUUUUCUUAUAUUCUCUUUCUGAUUGUAUUAGGGAAAAACAGAUGACUUUAGUUGUGUUAAAGAGACUCAAGUAGAAGGUCCAUAUUCCCAAGAAACCAAAGAUAUUAUGCCCAAUUCUCAGAUUGACAGUUCUUUGCGUUCCAGUUCUCAUCUAAAUAAUUGCCGUGUAACUGAAAAUACUGAUACAACGAGGCUGAAUUGUGUACAGGCAUUGGAACAUGAAAGUGCUCCGUCAGGUGGACCUUUUUUAGUUUCAAUAUGUCUAGUUGAUAUAGACUACAAUCACCAACCAAGUUCUGGAUUGCACUCGGGUCUUGAACUGCUACAGUGUGCUGCAGAAAACAUUGAUGCCAGAUGCUCUGAUCCUUAUGGUCCUCUGUUUUCUCUAAAUAGUUUUUAUGAUAUUUUGUCAGCCAUUCCUUGCAUAGAUUUGCCCCCCACUCAACUAGACAAGGGCAAAAGUGAUCAUGAUGCUGAAUUAGCCCAUGACCCCUGGAGAAACUUUGAUUCUGUGUCAUGGAAAGAUAUCUUGGAUGGUUGUACUGAGUCCAUUAAGGAUCAAUCGUUGUUUUCCCCCUCACAUCCUGAUAUCAAGGGUAAGUUUCCGUUGUUGAAAGCCUGGAAUUUGGCUUCAGUUGAGGAUUCUUCGUCUUUAUCUAAGCAGCCAAUGGAUCAGAAGUUACCUUCAGACUCAGCAUGUGAUACAACUUCUAAAUUUCAUAAGGAAGAAGUUAAUCACCUUGAAUUAAUGAAUUCUAUUGACCCUCAGCUGAAACAACCAGAUAUAAGAAAUGAUAAUUUAAUGGAAAAUUGCUUUCAGACACUGCUAUCUAAUGAAGAACACAAUUAUGCUCUACCACCAAAUCCAGAUGGCUGGUUCAACUUGGAGGGACAAUCAAUCCACUCUUCUGAUAGAGAGCAUUUAUUUGAUGGUAUUUUAGCAGAACAAGGUUCAAAGAAGAGGUCCAGUUCUGGGGACAAUGGGGAAACAGGCUCCAGUGCCACUAAUCCUGUCACCAGCAGCUUAGAGGAUGCACCCCAGUUGAGCAGUAAAAUCAGUUCAUUGCUAAAAGGGAACAACAAAGAAUUGGACCAGAUGAAGACAGGUUCAGGAACAAAAUUUUCCUUAGUAAAGUUAAAGGACCAGCUGCUUCAGAAGCAUCUGAAAGAGAAGUUGCGUGAAUGGAUCUUACAGAAGGAUGCUGAAGCUAGUGAUGACCCUAGUAUAUUGGAUGAGGAUGGACAAGGUUUUCUACAUUUGGCAGCUGCACUCGCUAUGAUUGGGCUUUGGAGCCUACUAUAGUUGCUGGUGUAAUUGUUGAUUUCCGUGAUGUGAAUGGAUGGACUGCACUUCACCGGGCAGCAUUUUGUGGCAGGUGAACACCUCUACAAUUCUUUUGAAUAUUUCUUUAAGGUUUCCUUUUCCUCUGUUUUUUUAUCUUUUUCCCUUUUCGAGUACUUUGCCGUUGUCCACAAGAGAAGAUCCAAAGAAGACUAAAGUAAUGGCUCUAUA